ACACAUAUUGCUGUUUUUAAUCUUAGUACUGUGGUUUUCUGUUAACGCAGCUAUCUAGAACAUUGAUUUAUUUACAUUUUACAUUAUACGUAAACAUUAAUGAUUGUAAUGUGCCAGUUUAUAAAACGAAUACAAAUUCACUUAAAGGGCCUUAACUCAAGUAGAUGAAAUGAUAAAAUUGAUUUUUGCCAAUGGCUGUAAACAGAGAGAAAUAUGCUCUAUUCUUUGUGCAUCUGGAUUCAAAAUCAGUGAAAGACAUUUAAGAAGAUUAAUUAAAACCCUUGGUUUGAGGCGGAGGAGUUAUGACAGGCCCCUUGAAAAAAUACGUCAAGCUAUAAUGAGUGAGUUGAAACACUGGUCACCUUGGCAGGGAAUCCGUGCCAUGCACAAACGGGUACGUGAUGUCAGAGGAAUCCAGUCUUGCUACAGGAACGAUGUAGGUGUAAUAAUGGGAGAGCUUGAUGCCAGUGGUCUUAUUCGAAGAUGUCCUGGGAAAACAAAAUUGAACGAAGGAACUACUUUAGUCGUGGACCAAAUUAUACUUGGCACAUCGAUGGAAAUGACAAAUUGAAAUUCUUUGGAAUAUGGGUGCAUCUUGGUAUUGAUGGAUUUUCUAGGAAAAUUCUUUGGCUUAAGGUUGGCACCUCUAACCGACAGCAGAGCUUCAUUGCAAGGUACUUCUAUGAUGCUGUUUGGGAACACAACGGUUGUCCAAGAUUUAGUCGGGCAGACAGAGGAAAGGAAAACCUUAUUGUCGGACAGAUGCAAGUGGCAUUUCACUUCAGGCAGGCAAGUGAUCACGGACGAGACUCUUUCAGAGUGGGCAAAUCAGUCCACAAUCAGAGAGCUGAAUUCUUCAACAGCAUCUUGAAGAAAACCUGGAUCAAAAAAUGGCAGGUGACAUUUGAGACUAUGAUGGAAUCAGGGAUCCUUGAUUUGGACAAUCCAGUACAUAUAAAUUGCCUGCAAUACACACACCUUCCCCUUCUUCAGAAAGAGCUGACCACAGAACAAAGACUAUGGAACACUCAUGACAUUCGCAAGCAGCGGAAUGUUGCAGGCCCAUUCGGAAAGCCAGACAUUCUGUUCAAUUUAUCUCCUCAAGGUUUUGCUGAUAUGCUCUGCAAAGUGGAUGAUGACCUUCUGCAAUAUGCAGGACAACUUGUGUGUGCUACAGAGGAGCCUUUGUUGGUGGCGAAUGAAACAUUCAGAACAAUUGCAGAGGCCAUUCUUAGAGACACAAACUUCCCAUUAUCUCCAGAUGGGUCUCUAGCAGCUUACCUUAUGCUGGUGGAGAAAUUCAUCGCAUGCAUUGAAAGAAGAGACAUUCACAUACCAUCCACAUUUGCAGAAGCAAAUGAAAUAUAUGAGCUACUGGCUAAUGAGACCUUCUAGCUGUUUCAAUCAUUAAGUGUUUUAUAGCGAUUUCAAUUUUAAUUUUAAAUGUAUUAGUACAGUAUGUCGAAAUUA